GCCUCUCAGCAGCCAUAACAAAACAUGGAGAGGAAUGGCACAGAGAAAUUGACAAAGUUGUCACAAAACUAAUAGCUAAGGUGGAGGAACUGAAAACAAAUCAGCUACAACUUCUGCAGAAACAUCUGGAUGAAAUCAAAAAGAUCAUUUCUGAAAACAGGGAUGAAAUUAACUCAAUAGAUGAUGUUUUUGGGUUCACGGGACUUUCAAAAUACGAUUUCACAUUAAAUGUAGAUAAAUACAGAAAAUUUCCACGACCAAUUGUGCUGCCAUCACCUAAAUUGAUCACUCCUAUGAAAAUCUCAGGAGAUGAACUUUGUAGCCUGUUUGGAAACUUUCAUUGGAAUCUAGAUAUCUGUGUAGCUGACUUUAGAGCUGAUGCAGUUAUAGUCGUCAGCGAGGCAGGGAAAUUGAGAUUCAAGUAUGUGCCACAUAUCACUACUUCAAAAAACCAAUUAUUCAGUCCAAGAGGAAUAACCACAGACAGUCAGAGUCACAUCCUUACAGCUGAUAUUACUAUUAACUGUGUCCACAUCAUAGAUCAAGAUGGACAGUUCAUCUGUCACAUAGACUGUGGAUUGAACAGUCCCUGGGGAUUAUGUGUAGACACAAAGAAUAAUUUGUUUGUUGCUGAAUUUAGAGACAAACAAGUGAAGAAAAUAAAGUACCUGAAGGAAAGUUGA